AUGCCCUACAACGUCACUGCCAAAGAAACGCAGCCGGCCCACUGGCUGCACCUAAACGGCACCCCGGAUCAGAUCCUCGACCGAUACUGCGUCAGCGAGCUACUCAGAGGUUGGCCAGUGUACCGUGAUGCCUCAGAAUGGAAGAACUACCGCGAGUGCUUUUCAGAUGGUGCCUACGUGUUUACCACAUGGAGCGGCGGCCUCCCCAUCGACGACUUCAUCGAAUCUUCAAAACAAUCCCGCGCCAACGGCGACUUCCUCAUGCACCGCGAAAACGGCAUCCUCGUGGACCUAAACCCCAGCACAAACCGCGCAAUCGGCAAAAUGAAAGCCACAAUCACCCAACGCUUCACAGACCCUGCCACAAAGGCAGAAUACGACGUUGAUUGCGACGCACGCUUCAUCGUGUGGUGCCUCAAGGUCCCGCUCCCGCCGAGAGCAGGGUAUCCCGUUCCCGGGACGGGAUUGGGCCCGCGUGCGAUCUCGGGCGGCUGGAAGGUGCAGUAUGUGAAACUGUUUUAUGAGAAGGAUAAAAUUGUUCCUGUGGAUGGGAAGAACGUGCCUGAGUUUUCGAGGGAGGAGCUGGAGAAGUUCCCGUAUGGGUAUCGGUAUUUGGGGGCUGCGCAGGCGCGGGCUGGAAAGAAGGUGGAGGGGGAUAUGCCGACGUUGAAUGAGGACGAGAGGUUUUGGGAUAUGUAUCGGGCGAUGGAGGAGUGGUUGAAUGGGGAGGAUGUUCCGAAGAGGUUAGGGAUUAGCAGGUAG